AUGGGUGUCGUUGUGGAAAAUGCAAAUUUUUCAAUUCGCUUUUCAUUGACAUGUUUGAAAAUCUUCGGUUUGUGGGCGCCGGACGGGCUGGAGGGGUGGAAACGAGUGUUGUAUAACUGUCACACUGUAUGCGUGUUCAUGCUGCUUUUGGGUAUAUACAUAAUAACCCAGCUGGUGGACCUGUGUAUGAUUUGGGGUAAUCUGCCCCUGAUGACGGCCACCGCCUUCCUGAUGUGCACGAACCUGGUGCACUCCGUCAAGAUCCUUAACCUUCUAGUGAGGAGGGAGAGGAUUCGACGUAUCGUGGAAGAGAAUGAUGAAAUGCUGAAAGGCGCUGAUACUGACGAAGAAUUGGAGAUUGUACAGAGCUGUAACAGAGGAACAAACAUCCACCUUUUCACAUUCUUCUCCCUGUCGAUGUUGACGCUAGUUGGGUUCACGGUUGCCGCUUCGCUGGAAUCCCAAGAUAACCAGUUACCAUAUCGAGCAUGGUAUCCAUAUGACACAUCCAAGUCUCCCGCCUACGAGCUAACAUACACUCACCAGGUGACCGCCAUCAUCCCGGCAGCUUGCCUAAACGUCAGCAAGGACUUGCUGGUGGUGACGCUGAUAGCGCAGUGCCGCUGUCGGCUGCGGCUGGUCUCCCAGCGGUUGAGGUGCUUGUGUGCUGAUCUGUGCGUGGAAAAUGGGCGUCUCACAGCAAUGCAAGAGAGUUUGGUCAUGAACCGGCUCAGCAAUUGCGUCCAGCAGCACCAGGCCGCGCUGCAGGCGGUGGAGCAGCUGCAGGAGUGCUUCUCGGAGCCAACCUUCGCCCAGUUCACUGUGUCGCUCGUCAUCAUUUGUGUUACUGCUUUUCAGUUAACCUUUCUUACCAAUAACUUGGUACGAAUGAUGUCCAUGGCGUGCUACCUCUGCACCAUGUCGGAGCAGGUCUUCAUCUACUGCUAUGAGGGGAACGAGCUUGCCGUUGAGAGUGAGCAAGUUUGCGGCGCGGUGUACCAGUUCCCGUGGUACAGCUGCAGCGCGGCGCUGCGCCGCUCCGCGCUGGUGGUGAUGACGCGCUGCCGCCGCGCCGCCAGCCUCUCCGCCGCCGGCUUCACCACGCUGUCCCUCACGUCUUUUAGAAGUAUUAUGAAAGCUUCGUACACCUUCUUCACGGUUCUACGUCAAGUAAAUGAACGAAACUAA